CUGUCGAAGUGCUGAUUGCAAGGCAAUACCGUAACAAUGCCUUCCACCCGAUUGACCUUCCGUCGCCGGAAGACGUACAACACGGCGAGCAACAAAGUCCGCAUCAUCAAGACUCCCGGUGGCAAGCUACGAUACCUGCACAUCAAGAAGGCCGGCUCGUCGCCCAAGUGCGGUGACUGUGGCACCAAGCUCCCCGGCAUCAAGGCUCUCCGUCCCCGCGAAUACGCAACCAUCAGCCGACCGAAGAAGAGCGUCUCGAGGGCAUACGGUGGCAGCCGCUGCGCCAACUGCGUCAAGGACCGAAUCACCAGGGCUUUCUUGAUCGAGGAGCAGAAGAUCGUCAAGAAGGUGCUCAAGGAGUCGCAACAGAAGAAGCGCUAGAGGCUAGAUGUUGGGGCGUAGGAGCGGAAUGUGGCCAAAACGAAGGGAUAUCGGUGUUCACUUGCAUUGGGGGCCCACAAUGCUUCUUUGGGGCCGGCACGAGCACAAAUUUGAUCGCUCGGUCAUUGUCCGUAGGGGGAGACCUGGGCUGAGGACGACAGAGUGAUACAGCUCGACAAUGAACACAUGAUCAGAAUUCAUCUCCAAUAUGAUUCACACGAGCGUCGUGAUUGUCAUGUUCCCAUCAGAGGAAUCUAUAUUCGCAUUCCGCUCAGAACUACGCAAGUCAGUGUCUACUAAUUUGCUCAGAUUACUACCACGAUUAUCAAUAUGGAGACACUAGGAAUU